AUGGACAAUGCUUUAGCAUAUUUUAUUGCGACUAGUAUGAUGCCCUAUUCCUUAGUAGAAAAAGAAGGAUUCCCAACAUUUGUAAGAGUUUUAAAUCCAAGCUACAAAUUACCUUCUAGAAAAACGUUGACUGAAUCAAGAAUACCUGAAUUAUAUUUAGUAACUCGUGCUAAUGUAGGUAACAUUAUAAAAAAUGUUGAUUUUUUAUCGUUAACAACGGAUUGUUGGAUAUCUACUUCUAACCAACCAUUAUUUGCACUUACAUGUAAUUUUAUAAAUUCAAGUUCGAGUUUAAGAUCUGCUUGUUUGGGUUGUAUUGAGUUAUCGGAAGAUUACACGGGAGAUAACAUUGCAGAUAUUCUCCAUAUGUUACUUUUAGACUAUGAAAUUCCAGAAUGGAAAAUAUGCUCAAUGACAACAGACCAUGGUUCCAACAUGAUAAAAGCCGUUAAUAAUAUGAAUAUAUCACACGUCGACUGUUUUGGCCAUGCACUCAAUAUAGCAGUAUCGCGGAUUUUGAAAAUGGAAGAAGUGUUGACCGUGAUUGAAAAAGUUAAAGACAUCCAUAAUAUAUUUGCCCAUAGUUGGAAAUCUGUACGUGAAAUUGGAAUAAUCAAAGUCAAAUUUGGUUUACCUCAUAAGAAAUUUCUGUCAUUUUCUAAAUCACGCUGGUGGUCUGUAUUAGAGUUAAUAAAUACUAUAAUUAAACAGGAACUUGGCCUCACUAGUUCUUUACGUGGAUAUAAGAAUGGUGAAUUCAAAAAGUUAUGUCUUCGAGAAAAUUAA